AUUACCAAUUAAUCAUUAUAAUGUACAUUUUACAUUUUGAUACCUCAAGUUUAAUUUUAAUUUAAAUACAUCUAAAAAUAAUAAUAAGAGCCCCUACUCUACAUAAAAAAAGGCUCCUACAAAUCUUACAUAUUGUCAUUCUUUGUACAACCAAUCAACUUUGUAUAAUUAGCAACCUAUCGUGAUGAAUUGAGAAACCAAGUUUCUAACCUACGUGUAACUUUUUUAUUCUUUUCUUGUGAUGGUGUUCACUAACAUUCAUGGGUGUAUUUUGGCAGGAUAUCAAUUUUUUUGUCAUGGGUAUUUUAUUGUCCAACUCAAUUGGGUUGAGUAUGAAAUCUAAAUAGAUGGUAAAUGGGUAAAAUUUGAUGGGUUUUAUCCAUAUGCAAAUUACAGUUCGAUACCUUAACUUAAUAGAUCUUUAGAUUAAUAACUUAAGUCUAUCUUUUGGGCAUAUAAGUCCUCAAAAUAUUGAUGGAACAUUAUACUUUAGCACCAUAACGGGCCACAUAAUACAUGCUGAUAAACCAUCUACGCCCGCGACAAGGCGCGGCAUCGCGCCACCUAGCAUGUAUGAAAACUAAAACAACUCAGCUGAAAUAAUAACUCGUAGUUUUAUAUUUAUACCGUAUCUCUUCCCUAUCAAACAAAAGCCACUUAUGUAAUGGGAUUUAAGUAAGGAUGGGUGAUCAGUAUGUGUGUGGUUAAUUCGCGAUUUAACAUCCAUCAACCUGCAAAUAAUCAAAAUUGUAAUUAAUGAGUGAUUGAUGUGUGUGAAAUGCAGAUUGAUAAAUUUCCAACUCACACCUAUUCGGAUGGUUGAUGGAAGAAUUUCAUUGCUUGCAAUAUUAUAUCAUUAGGAGUGGGAUAGACAGCAUCCUCAUCUUCAUAAUAGCAAGAUCCAAGCUUACGAAUUUUACGAUAUUGAUCAGCCUAGCUAAUUCGUUUCAUCUUUGUCAACGUAGGAAAGGCGGAAACAUCGAUGCUGCAUCCGGUUUCAGCAGAUUCCAUUCCAAAGUUGUCUCCCUCGUUGAAAGAGAAUUCAUGAUUAGAAGUCGGUUUCUUAAACGAGGAGCCUUUCACAUGGAUUUGAAAUGUUUAUCACAAAAAACUAUGAUAUUAUAUUAAAAUCAGUUAAUUUCAAUUAACUUUAGAGUCGAAAUAGGUUUAAUGAUGAAUCUUAUACCACAACCCUCAAACUCAAGCUACUAAUAUGGAUAUGAAGUUUGCUUAAUCUUAGAAUGGGGUUGUCUGAAUUCAAACAGAAGACCUCUCGAUCAUAGAAAGCUCUUAUACCAUGUCAAGAUUUCUCAACUAGUUGGUCCGGAACUUCGAUACCAUAUGAGUGACUUGAGUUCGAAAAGUGUAUUACUGUGUGGUAUAAAAUCUAUAACGAAACAUUUUCCAACAAAAUCUAAUUAGUAGGAGUAAUUUUUUUUUCACAGUCACUACUACACGAUGCCGAAAUCAGUAGUGAGUAAAAAACGUGCAUCAAAGUGUAAAAACCGUUACAUUUUAGGCCCACCACAAAUAUUAAGUUUCUACGUAAAAAUAUUUUGUGAACAAAAGCGUGGUCAAAAUCGUUAAGAAUGGUCACUUUUUUUGGCACGAUUUGUGUACAAAAACGUGUCAUUCCCCAUUUGUGCACGAUUAGGUUUGAAGUCGCAAAUGGCUAUCAGAAGUUAAAACGGCGUAAUUCUAUUCAUUUGGCAGCUUCAUCAUAACUCCUUUAUUUGUACUCUUGUUUUCCGGUGAGAAAACUUGCUUUGAAUUUAGAUUGAUUGCACUUUUGAAUUCUUUGGACAACGAUUACUAAGACAUGGCUCAUGCCUCUUCAACCAAAGUUCGAACGAUGGUGUUUGAUUGAUGGUUUCUGGGAAUGAAAACUAAGUUAAAUUACUCAACUCCUAUGGAAGUUCAGUGAGAGAUGCAAACUAAAAACUACGUCUAUGGCUACAUGAUAGAGAAAAAAAGGAUAAACUUGAAAUGUGUGUCAGAGUGUUGGUUUUGGGAACCUCUUUCUCUGUCGACCCUUCCUCCUAUUUAUAGCCAUGGAGAGAUAACCGUUGUAGACAACUGCCUCUUGGAUAACUCCCAGAAAGAACCGUUUCCUGCUUUCUCCGAGUGGUGGUUACUCCUUCAACCGCCUAGGUUCUUAUCUUGGAACUGUUGUGGGUCUUGAAGUGUAGCUUACCUCUCCUAGUCUUAUUACAAAUCUUGUGCCAUUCUAAUCUUGAUAAGCAUGUGGUGUCUCACAAAACUAGGGGGCCGUGAUCCUCUUGCUAGGCACCAUGGACUUCUUACUCAUGUCAUUGACAUUCUUGUCUCACGACCAUGAACCUCUUGGGACUUAGUCACUAGUGAAUGCUCCACCACCACGCCCUUCUCAUUCGUGAUCAUGGCCCCUCUCGUGAUGCGGCAUGAACUUGUCAAUCAUGCACAUGGCCCCUCCCAAGAGGCGACAUGUCCUUCCCAAACUUAGUACAUUUUGUAUCAUUGGUCUUGGUCAUGAGGAGGCAUGGCCUCUUCAUUCGUGGCUAUGGACUUUUCAAUCAUGUAUGUGGCCCUUCCCGUGACACGGCAUGGCCUUCUCGUACUUAGAAUUUUUCAAUCAUGCCUAGAGCCUCUUGUCUUGUGUCCAUGCAUCUUCUCUUGAAGCGGCACGUGCCUCUGGAUUCUAGACGGACAUGACCCUCCUCGUUGAAGAGGCAUAUGCUUCUAGAUUAUAGAUGGGCAUGGCCCUCUUCGUGAAGUGGCACAUGCCUCUAGAUUCAAGAUUGACACUACCCUCUUCGUGAAGCGGCACAUACCUUAAUUUCCAUAGUUUUAUUUUAUCGUAGCAUGGCUUGGCCUCUUACGAGAGGCUCAUGUCCCUUAUUGAAUCAUGGUCAUGUCCAUUAAUGACUUAGUAGCUUGAGCUUAAAAUCAAUAUCCAUAAGACCCGACUUAAAUAGCAUUAAUUAUUAUAAUUGAUGUGGCCUUAUAAACUCAUUAGAUAUCUUGUAACUCAUCAAUGUGUACAAGACAAAUUUAUGGUGUAAGCAAAUGCCCCCCCCCCCCCCCCCCCCCAACUACUUAGUGCAUAAGAAUUAUGGAAUAAGUAGUUGACAUCAACCUACCAAGGUGAUGAAUUAACACUUAUCAACACACAAGUAGACGUUUCUGUAGCCAUAAUUUGGCCCUUUUUCGUGAUGGCCACUUACUCAGAUUUUAUUUUAUUUUCGCUAAUACAUUUUAAUGGGUCUUCUUCCAUGAAGGAGCUAGCAAGAAGUCAUAUACCUAGUCAAAAUUUGGCUAUCACAUAAAGCCAACACGAGCUGAUGGAACUCUCCGUCAAAACUUAUCCAUGCCUUAGCAAAAAUGACUCUCAAUGAUCAAUCCAACACGGCCGGAGGAAACUCAUUGUCAAAGCUUGUCAUAUGCCUUAGCCAAAUUUUGGCUUUCAAUGAUCAAGCCAAUAUGGCCAGAUGGAACUCGCCGUCGAAACUUGUCCCAUGCCUUAGCCAAAUUUUGGACAUCAUGUCAAACCAAUAUGGAGAGAUGGAAUUCGACAUUUAAGAUGGUCUCAUGCCUUAGCCAAAUUUUGGACAUCAUGUCAAACCAAUAUGGUGAGAUGGACCUUGACGUCAAAGCUUGUCCCAUGCCUUAGCCAAAUUUUGGCUUUUGUAAAAAAAAUUUAUGUCCCUCACUCUAACCCUAUUGAAUUUGACUGGAAAACGCUUAUUGCCAUGUUUCAAAUCAUCAUGCCCCCAAGUCGUGGCUACUCGGGACAAGACAACAUGGCAUGGCAUGGCCUGAUUUAUGAUUUGACAUGUCAAGCCAUCACAACGACUUGGUGGCAAAAUCUUCAUAUCGAAGUCUAAUAACUCCGACUCAAGAUUUUCACUUUGAUAUUCUCUCUCUAUCUUUUCUUUUAGCCAUGGUUCGCUACAAUUAUUUUCUAUAAAUAAUAUAUAAUAAGUACAUUAUAUAAAUUUAUUUAUUUCAUAUGGCACGAAGUGACACACAUCACUGCUCUCCAUAGCCUUUGGCAACAACCAAUGCGCCAAAGGUGUACACUCAUUGCCGAGUCCAUGGAUCAAACCAGACGAGUCAUCCAUAGACCACAUGACUCUUUCCUUCCAUGGGAGAUGACUCUCCAUAUAUUGGUUUUAAACUUUUCAUCUUUCGAGUGGAUGGUACAUGGUCGACAGGUCUUGUCUUGGUGGCCUUGCAUGAGGUCUCAUGCUUCUUUGCCUGGGCCACCUUACUUGACAUGUCAAGGCGAUCAUGAUUGUUUCUCUACCUUGGUUUCCUCCGAGUUUAUACAUGCUUAGUCUACUCAUGGAUAUGGACUUGCCACCCUGUCCACCCUUGUCCAUGGUCUAACGCUUACAAAAUCCAUGUACGGGUUUGACUUGUUGUGUCUUUUGGAGAUGCCCCCUACUCCAUUCUUCAUGGUGGGUGACAUGCUCCCUUGUCCAAAAUUAUCAAAAUUUGCAAGACUAUGGCAACUCUCUCUGCCUUUCCCAUGUCUUUCCUUGUUGGACUUGCCCUACUAUCCACUGUUUGUGAUUGGUGGCAUGCCCUCUUUUCCAUACUUAGCCAUAUGAUCAUGUUUAUCACAAAUAUGUGUGGCUUUGGAUUGAUGUAGCAUCUUGGACAUCACUUGCCCACAAGAUGGAUAUCUCGACUUCUCUUUGUCAAGCUUGAGACUCUUCUUGCACUGAGCACACAACUUCUCAACUCCAUCAAUCAUCAUUGCAGCCAGGCUGGCCUGCUUGGUACCUGACAAGCUCUUUUGUUCAAAACCUCAUUGGGACUACUUCGAGAUGGCGUUGUAUCCAAAACCAUCUUGAAACGUGGCAAGUCGACUUUGGCUAAGUCUGGGUUGACCAUGUUGACGCCAAGCAUAUUGGGAAUGGAUCAAUGUCCAUCAACAUGACAUCGUCCUUUGCCUUAUGGAAAUUGAUGAUGUGUCCCUUUUCAAUGGCAUCUUGCAAGACAUUAUGAAAAGCUACACAAGCAUCAGUGGCAUGUGACAUUGCUAUUAUGCCACUUUCAUCUUGCAAGACAACAUGAAAGUCUUUCAUCUUUUUCCCUUUAAUCUUUAACGGACGAUUUUUCUCUCGUUUUAAGUCGAAAUUUCAUUUUUUUUUUUUUGCACAGAUAAAUCAGAUUUAAUUAUGCUCUUUAAAAUGAUAUCCACUUUGAUAUAUUUUUAGUAGAAAAAAAGUUGAAUAUGCGCCUAUUUAAUACCAUAUGGUAAGAAAGCGUACCAUGAUAGUAUGAACAUACCAAUAUGGUAAGAAUGUUGAAUACAUGAUAAUAAUAGUAUACUAACUGU